CGCAGCCGACCUGGUCACACUGAGCGACAGCUGUUCACCGCGUCACUAGUUUUCCGCGGACGAUUUGCAUAAAAUCCUUAUAGCUGGCGCCCACGACCGGAGUGCUAAUUUUUGAACUGUUGGAUAAGGUCGUAGGUAAAGAUUCGAUAUAGUGCUGCAGGUGCAUGUGCAUAACAAGUGUUGAUAACAACUGCUAGAACGCGAAAAGCUCAUUCUGCCAGAGACGCAUCAGCAGCCAAUUGAAAUAAAACCAUUUCAAGUGUUUUGUUAUUUGGUCGCCCUCCGUGCUCGGCAUAAUUCCCGUUUCUCAAUUGGCGCUCCGAAUAUUGAAAGUAAAAGCCAUCGAAACUGUAAAUUAUGUAAAGGUGUUGGUGGGUUAUGUGCUGCUCAAGUGUUUAAGUGCGUCUCUGUGUGAGCUUAUCAGAAAUUUUUUGAUGGAGGCUGCGCCGGCAAAUGCAAGAUUCUCCAGCGAACACAACAACAACAACGCAGCGGCAGAGAAGAAAGUUGCAACCUCGACAUACUGCGAUAAUGAUGAAAAUAGAGAAAUAAACAAAUAAAAUCUCAACAACUUAAUAUCUGUUUCAAGAAGGAAUCGAAAAGAGAAGGGAUUUCACGAAAUAGACGAUGGUUUUGAGUCUUUCGAUUGAAAAAUAACAGAAUCGACCCAUUGGCCAGUUGGCUGGAAUCGGAAAUCCUCGAAACCCAUCAGACUGGAGGCCUCACUCACCCUGAAGCGCAUCUUUGCCCGCAAAAUUGGCUACAAGGCGAAAUCAAAGUCAAUUUUAGCGGCCAUGCGCACGAAACACUUGAUCCUGAUACUAAUCGGAGUGAUUAUCGCAACGAUCGUGUUCAUUGCUUUUGGGCCAGCCGGCGAGCCGAACGAUUCAUUCAAGAACAUCGUCGUCCAUACCCACCAGCAGUUGAAGGAGUUCCAGGAAAACCUGCGCGUUGGUUUGGAACGAAAGAAACUUGAAAUAGACCCUAAAUAUCUGCUACUCUUGGGAUUCACGUCGUCGAAGGAUGCCCAGGAUCAGGACCAGCGGCAGGGCGAGCAUUCUAAUGCGGCGGACAAGUCAUCCAGACACCAAAGACCGGAUGCCAAUUCUGCCACCAGGGCGGAGCAAGAGAUGGGCGACCAGCGAGGUGGCCACCGGUCCCAGGAGGCGAUCACCUUCGGCGGCCAGCAGCGGGGCCAGCGGAAGAGGAUCACCACUCCGCACAACGGCACCAAAAGCAACUUCACCGUUGUCACAUACGUCCUGGAGGGCCAAACCGCCUCGGCCAUCCUGCUGGCGCAGAACAUCGCCUCCAAACUGCCCAGCGAGAGCCUGCUCAUCUACGACCUGGGCGUCUCCGAGGAGCAGCUGCGGGCUCUGGGCGCCUAUUGCAACAGCAGCCGGUGCUCGGUGAUCACCUAUGACCUGUCCGAGUUCCCCUCCUUCGUCAGCGACCAGCGGACGCACGCCUUCCGUCCCAUCGUGAUCAAGGAUGCCCUGAUGCGGGCCAGGUCGGUGCUCUUCAUGGAGAACCAUAUGCGUGUGCGCGGCAGCCACCACGAGUUCCAGGAGCUGCAGAAACGGGCAGCCGUGCACGGAGUUCUGGGCUGGAACACCGUCACGGCAGUGUCCUCUCUGACGCACCCCAAGAUGUUCGAGUACUUUGAGUCCGACUCCGAGAACUUCAUCUUCCUGCGGAUGGUGGACCUGGAUGUGGUCUUCUUCGCUGACACGCUCUUCGUCACCGAGAAGAUCCUGCUGCCCUGGCUGAAGUGCUGCCUCACCCAGGAGUGCAUCGACCCAAUCGGUGCUCAGUCGAAUGGCUGCAAGUUCAACAAGAAGCCAUCGUACCGAUACUCCGGCUGCCAUGGCUAUGAUGAGUCCGCUUUCAACAUUGUCUUGGGCCUCACCUGGCAUCUGGACAACUCCAUGUACUCGCUGCCCAGCGACAGCAGCUGGAACAUAUUCUACAAGGAGACGCUGGAGAAGGCGACCCGUAUUCUGGAGAGCAGGCGGCGCAACAGCAGCGAGGCAUCCGAUCACCCCUUCACGGACGAUUGAGGAGGUGAUCUGAUCUGACGAGGAUGUCGAGGAGCGGAGAUAGCCAAAGCAUUUGAUACAAAGUUUUCUACAAAAAAAAACACAAUAACACACAGACAGACACACUCAGGAGCCAGCGGAACAGCAUGGACCCCAGACGGAGGUCCCCCCUCAUUAAAGUAUUGUUAACGAGCGAAUCGCAGAUUGGAAGAGAUCGAUAGAAUAUAUAUAUGAUGUCCAAGACAAGACCAGAAAUUAUCAGACCAGAGCACAGUAACGUAGCGUAGUGUAGGAUGUGCAAACUUAUCAAAUACUUAUAACAAUUUAGUCAAGCCCUAGUUACUUAUUUAAUAAAAUCUACAACUAAUA